AAACAACUGAAAAUGGCCGCAACGUGAGAACAUCGUUCGGAGUCGAGGUAAACAUCUUGCUCUACAAUGGUUAGAGUAAACGUUAACAAAUUCUUACACACGUGUACCCUGAUCGUCUGCAAUGUCAUGUACACGAUAAUUCGUUUGAUACAUUCGUACACAAAGAGACUGUUGAACAAUUGGUACGAGAAGCAAUCCGUCAAGAUUAUGCAUCGCAGCGAAAACUUUUUAAUAAUCGAUAAGCCUUACGAUAUGUACAUAAAUAGCAAUAAUCCUGAUCGAAAGAAUACUCUUCAAAUGGAAUUGCGACAGAUGCUGCCGGACUUGGUUAAUCCACGAUUGUGCCAUGAAUUUCACUUUGUGCAUCGGUUAGAUUAUCCCACGAGCGGCGUCAUGUGCAUAGCGUUGAAUAAAAGGGCGGCCAGAGCAGCGUCGUCCGCUUUCGAAAAUCAUAAAGUGCAAAAAUUUUAUUUAGCAUUGGUACAUGGUCAUAUACACGAACCUCACAUUGUAAUCGACAAGCCUAUUGGUGCUGAUAUUCGAGAAAAGACUGGUAAUCACAAGAUGUGCAUAAGUGACAGUAUCUUUUGCGACAAGCCACGCAGAUCUUAUACAACACUGGUUGUAUUGGAACGUGGGUUUUGGAAAGGGAAACCUGCCACUAAAAUCUUACUAGCUCCUGGUACAGGUAGAAGACACCAGUUGAGAGUACAUUGUCAUUACAUUGGUCAUACAGUCAUAGGAGAUUACACAUAUAGCGAAGGCAAAGAUAUAGAACCUCACAGAACCUAUCUCCAUUCUCUCAGGUUAAUAUUAAACUGUGAUAUCGAAAAUAUAGAUGUGAGAACAACGGAUCCGUUUGAUGCUACUAUAUUGUCUGAUUAUAAAGCGACAAAUGUAACGAAAAUCUUGGACGAAAAUAUAUUUCGCGAUAUAUACAAACUUGUAGAAUAAAGAUGUUUUUGUUUUGUAU